AUGGAGACUGACGCGCCCCAGCCCGGCCUCGCCUCCCCGGACUCGCCGCACGACCCCUGCAAGAUGUUCAUCGGGGGACUCAGCUGGCAGACGACGCAGGAAGGGCUGCGCGAAUACUUCGGCCAGUUCGGGGAGGUGAAGGAGUGUCUGGUGAUGCGGGACCCCCUGACCAAGAGAUCCAGGGGCUUCGGCUUCGUCACGUUCGUGGACCAGGCGGGGGUGGACAAAGUGCUGGCGCAAUCGCGGCACGAGCUCGACUCCAAAACAAUUGACCCCAAGGUGGCCUUUCCCCGGAGAGCACAGCCUAAGAUGGUGACUCGAACGAAGAAGAUCUUCGUCGGGGGGCUGUCAGUGAACACCACGGUGGAGGACGUGAAGCAAUAUUUUGAGCAGUUCGGGAAGGUGGAUGAUGCUAUGCUGAUGUUUGACAAAACCACCAACCGGCACCGAGGGUUCGGAUUUGUCACGUUUGAGAGUGAAGACAUCGUGGAGAAAGUGUGUGAAAUUCAUUUCCAUGAAAUCAACAACAAAAUGGUGGAAUGUAAGAAAGCUCAGCCAAAAGAGGUGAUGUCGCCGACCGGCUCGGCCCGGGGGAGGUCUCGAGUCAUGCCCUAUGGAAUGGAUGCCUUCAUGCUGGGCAUCGGCAUGCUGGGUUACCCCGGUUUCCAAGCCACGACCUACGCCAGCAGGAGCUAUACGGGCCUCGCUCCCGGCUACACCUACCAGUUCCCCGAAUUCCGUGUAGAGCGGACCCCUCUCCCGAGCGCCCCAGUCCUCCCCGAGCUUACAGCCAUUCCUCUCACCGCUUACGGACCAAUGGCGGCCGCGGCGGCGGCGGCGGCUGUGGUUCGAGGAACAGGUUCAACCCCCAGCCGCACAGGGGGCUUCCUGGGCACCACCAGCCCCGGCCCCAUGGCUGAGCUCUAUGGGGCCGCCAACCAGGACUCGGGGGUCAGCAGUUACAUCAGUGCUGCCAGCCCCGCCCCCAGCACCGGCUUUGGCCACAGUCUUGGGGGCCCCUUGAUUGCCACAGCUUUCACCAAUGGGUACCACUGAAGCAGGAGACAGGUGGCCAGAGCGCCCCCUGCAGCUGACUGAGGACCAGGAGCGAGCCAGCGAGGGGGCGGGACACCUCAGCCGCAGCCGCCGCCCCCUCCCCCCGCGACUCGGACGCUACUGCCUGCCCCCCACUCCCGGCCCGGCCCCUGCCCUGCUGCCCUGGACAGCCUGGCCCCCUACUAACCGCCCCCUCCCGCCCUGCCCGCCCCCCGCUUUUAUUUAUUUUGGAUUAGCCGGUUGCCCCCGCCGCCCCGGUCUCCCCUGUGGGGCCUGCGCCCCUCCCUCUGGGCGCCCCAGGACCCACCAGAGCUUUGUAGGUGCACAGCUAGAGCAGGGCCUGCGGGGUGCGGCCCACCGGCUUCUAUUCUCAUGUGCCCUCCUUUUCUCUGCCCCCCCCCCCUUUUUUUUUUUUUUUAAAGAAACUGUUUUUUAAACUAUUUCUAGGUUUGUGAAUGUGAAGCCCCAGGCCGCAGGGGCAAAGGGCCAGGUGCCCCCACCAGCUGAGAACAAACGUGUCCGUGGGUGCGGGCCCCUGGCCACCUGCCCGGCCGGAGAGGACGUGGCCAGGCCGAGCCCCUGGGCCCGUCCUGUAUCAUAUGUAAAUACUGUGAGGUGACGCCCCACCCGCCCAGAGCCCGGGCCAGGGCAGCGCCUGCCCACCAGCCAGGGUCUCCCGCCCCGUCUGCCCCGCCUCAGACACCGUUACUGUAAGCUUGCAGGCCGCCUCUGUGGCCGAGGCAGGCCCGUUCUCUCAGGCCCUAGGGGUCAAGGCCUUGGGCCUGCUCACCCCGAAAACCCAGUGUGGGGGCAAGGGGCGAGGGAAGAGAGGGGCUCGCCUGGAGUCCCUGCUGGGAAGGAAUUAGCUCUCCAAAGGCCCCCCCUGCCCCUGCCUGGGUCGGGCCUCAGGGUUUCUGCUCUGAGCCCCCCGGAGUGGGCAUGGGGGGGGGGCACUGGGGAAGGGGCGGACCCAGGGGAAAGCAAAGGGCUUCUCAGGGAACCCCCACAUUCUCACUGAAGUAUCUCACCAGGAUGGGCCCGUGGCCAGAGCCCCUGCAGAGGAAAGAGGCUCAGGGCCUGACGGGGACAGGCUGGUGUGGCCGGCCGGGGCCCCUCGCCCCUCGGUGUCCCCCCCAGGCCUGAGGCCGGGGACCGGCGCCCCCUCCUUCCCAAUCCCCAACUUAGACCCUUUGGAGAGUUCAUCGUCUGUGUGAGGUGCUUAACCUAUUAGCCCUGAGAACACAAAGCAAUAAUCUUUGUUACUGAGAUGUGCGGCUGUUCGUGGUUUUUUUUUAAAUGUUUCCUAAUAAAAGAGAAGCUGCAAUUUAUUGUUUUUUAUUUUUAAUUUUCUACACAUUCGAGCCGAGUCCUGAGAGACUUAGUUCUCCCCUCCUCCCUUCCUGUGACGCCCCCGCCCCCACCCCUCUCUCCUCGGCCCACCCAUGGGCUCAGGGCCCUGGAAUUCCGUUUUCUGAUUUGUUUGGGGAAUUUUUUUAAAAAGAUGUUACAUGGUGUUUUGAAGCCAGCAAGUUACCACCCUCCGGUGUCUCUUCUCUCCACAUCUGUAACUUCUUUUUCCAGGAUUUAUUUCCAGUUUUAAAUUCCUAAUA